AUGGUAUUUCCGCGUUGCUUGUCAUCCAAUUGCCUUUUUGAGGCGCAAGAGGCAUAUCUCCCUCAGAGUAUCUACGUCCCUGUUUUAUAUCGGCCGGCCAACUCCGUUUCUCCCGGUUUUGACAACGGUUUCCCUGUCGUUGUACGGCAUCGCACAUUCUCUAUUGAGAAUCUCCUGAGAACCCUGGCUUGUAUUUGUGUUUCCCAAAGCUCCUUUGCGGAAAUGGUUACACGGUUCCAAAGAGAGUCGCACAAAGGCUUCGCUACAAAAAGACCAACAGAAUCCGCCUUGCCUACUUCGUGCACAACUGCGGUCACAGAAGCUGGGGCCCCCUCCAGCGCUGUGGAAACAGAUACGUCUGCCCCCCUGAAAACACCCUCUACUAUCCCAUUGAAGUCGACAACCCCUGCCGCUUCUGUCGGCCUCGCCGCCGCAAUGCUUCGUCUUCCACUUCUGGUGCUGCUGCACCUUCUUCUGCGCCUGCCAACAAGACAGGUUGAUGCCGUCGAUGUUUAUGAUCGUGUCGUCGAUAGUCAAGUUGCAGGAUUGAUCCCGGAUUGUGCUGGGGAAGUGUCUGGGAAGUUGUUUACUUGUGGCUAUUGA